AUGGAUCAUUUACAUGCAUAUUUUAGAAAUGGGUUAGGUGAACAAAGCUCCGAUCCAGCUACCAUUCGCUUGGAGCGAGCGAUGAAAGCUCAUGCUACCAUUCAGACUAGGACCACUCAACAAAUGGUCAACAAAGCGCAAUUGCCUGUCGACAUCAACCCCAAGGAUUCUUCAAGCGCAGAAAAACACGUUUUACCUAGUUCUGUUUUAUCCCAAUCUUCACCACUAGUUGAAGAUCUAGCGACUCAAUUUCAAAACUUGUGGCAGCAUGAGAUGGAUCAACAGCAACAAAAGGGCAAUAAUAACCAAUACAAUGUGCUAGUGUUAAAAAAGGCGCUUGUGAAGAUCGGUCCUCGCGAGAAAGAUAGUCUACUACUUUAUCUUCUGGAGCAGCAAGGCACGCUACGAACAAAGUGCAGCGAGGUCGCAACACUUGGAGAAGAAGUUGCUGCGCAACUAAUCAAUCAGCAGCAUGAGCUUCAUCGAAAAUUUCGCACAGAGAUCAGCGAACUGAUGAGUCAGCUUCAUGAUGCCUUAUAUUUUAAUCCACAAGUUACCACCCUACAGGCGAAGGUCGAAGAGCUUGAGGAAAGCAUUUGCUAUUACGAAUUACAACUUCGAAUUGCGGUGCAGAAACUGCAGCGUAGUAGGAAACGAGUGAAGGAACUCAAGCACAUGAACGAUUGUAGGACUAAUUCAUUGUCUCAGCGCGCCUUGGCUCGAUUCAAACGACAGCACGCAAUCGUAUGCACGGUCUCGAGUGCGACUUACGGGGGAGCGACAGCAGCCAAAAGCCGAGUCAUCUCGGCGACGACGCUCGCGAGUAACCAAGCGAUGCUAGAACGACUUUUUGGCUCAGAUGAGAUUGCACAAACGCAGGUACUUCAGAAAAAGAAGAUGGAUUUGUACAAAAGCGAAUAUAGGCGCAACGCGCGCAGUCUAGUUGAGAAGCAACUGCAAGCCGGCAUUGAAAGCUACAUCACACGGGCAUCAUCAACUUGA